AUGGAGAAUUCUUUCUUGUUUUUCAGAGCAACAACUCAAAUAUCUUCUUUUAUUUCCUUCCUUUUUUUUUUCUCUUUUUCAUUCCAAGUUCAACGUUCCUGCGCGUAUUUGCUUACUAUGCGUUCAGUAAAGAUUUUUAUUGCUGAUAAUAUUUUUAUCUAUCUAUCUAUCUAUCUAUCUAUCUAUCUAUCUAUCUAUCUAUCUAUCUAUCUAUCUCAAUUUUUAUUGCUGAUAAUAUUUUUUAUCUAUCUAUCUAUCUAUCUAUCUAUCUAUCUAUCUAUCUAUCUAUCUAUCUAUCUAUCUCACCGACAAGAUUUUUUUUUGAUAAUAAUUUUUUAUCUAUCUAUCUAUCUAUCUAUCUAUCUAUCUAUCUCAGUAUAUAUUGGUUUGGUUUGUUUUGUUUUUACGGCAUCAACCUCACCGAGUUAUUUAAUGCCGACAAGAUUUUUAUUGCUGAUAAUAUUUUUAUCUAUCUAUCUAUCUAUCUAUCUAUCUAUCUAUCUAUCUAUCUAUCUAUCUAUCUCAAUUUUUAUUGCUGAUAAUAUUUUUAUCUAUCUAUCUAUCUAUCUAUCUAUCUAUCUAUCUAUCUAUCUAUCUAUCUCAGUAUAUAUUGAUUUUUUAUUGCUGAUAAUAUUUUUGUCUAUCUAUCUAUCUAUCUAUCUAUCUAUCUAUCUAUCUCCUAAUGUAAGCUUUCUUUUUCCUUAUUGUGUGUCUUCGUGCUUCGACAAUUUUUAUCUUCUAAAAUCCAUAUUCGACACUUACUGUCAUCCAUAUAACGCGACUGUCCAACCCCGUUUCUUCUGUGUGGUCAACCCAGUCGUUCACCCCCUGACCACUGUCCCGUAA